UUCAGCUCUGUCACCAGAAACACAUCUGACGCCAUGCUGCGCGUGUGCUCACUGUUCAUACUCCUCAAGCUCACAUCAUCUCAAUACACUACCGAAGAAAUACAGUUCUUAAAUCAGCUGCCUAUUGAUAAGCUGCUCCAACUGAAGAAUUCUUUGAAACAUGUGGCAUACGAUAAUACGACAAUAUCGACCCCAGAAUACUCGGAGUUCGGUGCGCAGGCGCUGACCAUGAAAUCACCGAUACGAAGAGGAGAUUACGAGGAUAGUGAUGUGAAAAAGGGUGACUACGGCAAGCUGAGCAAUAUAUUUUCCAUGUCGGUGACAACACUAGCGUUCUUAGCAUUUGGAGGCUAUCUGCUCUGUCUCAUAGUGCAUGCAGUGAAGUCCAAUCAAACCACAAUGACGGUGCCGACCACACAGUCAACCCUCUUCUUCAACGCCGGGAUAAAAAGACCCCAAACUCAGUUUGCGACAUACGGAAGAAAGAAGAGGGACGAACGCAGUACUGACAUUAUUAUUCCUCCAGAGCAACUGUUUUCUUCUUUGACCCAUCUAUGUGAGGGCUAUGUCAAAUGGAGUAAGCAUAAUCAUUAA